UCCGAUGCGAAAUGCCAGACGAGAAUGGCACCAUCGUCCCCUCUACAACCACAACAUGCCAGCCUUCAAACCCCAGCACAUAUCUUAAAGCCAUCCAAAAUGGGCAGCCAGUCCGAAGAAUAUUACAACCUCGGCUCAUACAGACGAGCCGUAAGCACAACCAGCGACGUAGCACGGGAAUGGACGAAUAGAGGGCUGAUCUGGAGCUACGGCUUUAACCACGAAGAAGCAGCGAAAUGCUUCGAGCGCGCGAUCUCCAGCGAUGGGAACUGCGUCUUAGCGUACUGGGGCUUGGCUUACGUGCUAGGUCCGAAUUACAAUAAACCCUGGGAAUUCUUUGAUGCGGAUGAAUUAGAUAAAGUCAUGAAGCGCACCCACAGCGUUGUGCAGGAAGCGAGAACGAAAUUAGACCAUGCAUCGCCUGUCGAGAAAGCAUUGGUAGAAGCGCUGAAAUAUCGGUAUCCGCAUGAUAAUGCCGCGGAUCCGAAUUGGUCGAUAUGGAACCAAGGCUACGCCGAGGCGAUGGGAAAAGUGUAUCAAGACUUCGCUGAUGACCUAGACAUCGCGACGCUCUACGUUGACGCCCUGAUGAACCUAACCCCCUGGCAACUCUGGGACAUCAAAACCGGCAACCCAGCUCCAAACGCGCGGACGCUCGAGGCAAAGAGCAUCCUCGAGCGCGCGAUGGCGCAGCCUGGCGGGUCUCAUCAUCCGGGUCUUUUGCACUUGUACAUCCAUCUCAUGGAAAUGUCGCAAACUCCCGAAGCCGCGCUUCCAGCCGCGGGUACAUUACGGGAGUUAGUCCCGGAUAGCGGGCAUUUAGAUCACAUGCCAACGCAUAUCGACGUUCUAGUCGGCGACUUCGUGAACGCAAUGACGUCGAAUCAAAAGGCGAUCAUAGCCGACGACGCCUUCUUCGCGCGUGAGAACCCGCUGCAGUUUUACACGUUAUACCGCAUGCACGACCUACACUUCCGUAUCUACGCUGGCAUGUUUGCGGGACGGUCGAAAGAAACUCUGGAUACUGUAACCCGGCUCGAGGCCACACUACCAGAGGAUCUGUUGCGCGUCGAGUCACCGCCUAUGGCAGAUUGGCUCGAGGGGUUCCUCGCUAUGCGUGUGCAUGCACUUAUACGCUUUGGGAAGUGGCAGGAUAUUCUUGACUUGUCGUUUCGCGAGGACAAAGGGUUAUACUGCACGACCAAUGCACUAACACACUACGCCAAAGGGAUAGCGUUUGCCGCGUUGGGAAAUGUCGAAGAGGCUGCUAAGCAGCGCGAGCUUUUCGCUGAAGCCGCGAAACUCGUUCCUUCUUCUCGCAUGGUGUUUAACAAUAAGUGUGUUGAUAUCAUAGGAGUAGCAGAAGCAAUGCUGGAUGGAGAACUUGAAUACCGACGCGGGAAUUACGAUUCGGCAUUUUCGCAUUUGCGCACGGCUAUUGACAGGAGCUAUAACCUGCCAUAUGAUGAACCGUGGGGAUGGAUGCAACCGCCCAGCCACGCAUACGGAGCGCUGCUCGUUGAACAAGGCCAUCACGACAAAGCCGUUGACGUAUAUGCUGAUGACCUCGGGAUCAAUGAUACACUACCGCGUGCACUACAGCACCGUAAGAACGUAUGGGCGCUGCACGGAUACCAUGAGUGUUUAGUGAAACUAGGACGUAUCGCAGAAGCCAAGGCUAUAAAGCCAGAAUUGGAUGCAGCGAUAGCAGUCACCGAUAUACCCAUCAAAUCAUCAUGUUACUGUCGCACCAGCGUCUUAUAACUCUUGGAAAUCAAGUAGCAUUUACAUAGUAUGAACUCACGCAUAGCAGGAUUUUGGUCAAAGGAU